AUGGCGGCUAGUCCUCAAAACAUGAGCGGCCUGAACAUGUCAAUAAGAACAUACACCGGACAAAACCUCACCGAAAUUAUCACACAACUGAAUCAUAGACGGAUGCUGUUCCAAAUUCCGGUUAUGGUGUUUCUAAGUGUCAUCAUGGCGAUGUCUCUGUUUGGGAACAGCCUGGUUGUGUACGUGUACAAGUCCAAGUACAAGAAGAGGACGUCCAGCUACUUCAUCAUGGUCUUAGCAGUCGUCGACUUGUGCAGCGCCCUCUGUAUUCCAUUUGUCGUUUUUGACUUGGCCAAUCCUUACAUGCACUCGGUGCCCAUCAUAUGCAAGAUCAACAGAUUCAUAGAAGCUUGGACCAGCGCGGCUUCUGGCUUGGUUCUCAUGUGUAUUACGUUUGACAGGUAUUUUCACGUGUGCAAUCCACUUGGAAUCUACUCAAUAAACCAAGCCCAGUCUCUGACAAUCGUCAUGCUUGCAAUGGCAGCAAGUGUAUCGUGGCCUAUUCUAUUUUUGGCGGGAAAGCAGACGGUGCGAACACCAAUACCGGGGGUGUUAGGAGAAGACUGUUCCUACAGGGAUGGAAUGAACAACUCUGUCUACACAUUACUCUUCCAGGGUGGACUGUUAUUUGCAUUUUUUGUGAACUUUUGUAUAUUUUGUGUUUUUUAUGCAAAGAUAUUUUAUGUCAUAUACAAACGAAGACACAUGACAAUCGGUGAACAAGUCUCUAUAGUACAAGACAACAAACUAACGAAAAGUAAACUCGAGUUCAAAUGUCGACUUUAUAAUAAACCAAACAAAGAGCAAGAUGUUACCACAAUAAAGAAUGAAAUCCCUGAAGCGAAACAUAUGUCAGAAACUAGUCAUCAGAAAACAAAUGGAAUAGAAAGUAAUCAUUUAGAUGAAAUCGUCAACAACGAUGAGGUUGAUUCAAAACCUCUUGCAGUUUUAGAUGAAACGGAUUUAAAACCAAUUCCAGUUUUAGAUGGCGUAGAUUCAAAACCGAUUUCACAUUCGACUGAAGACUAUUCAAAACCUCAUCCUGUAUUAAACGGAACUGAAUCAAAACCCGUUCCAAUAUCGGAAUCUCAAAUUAAUGUUGAUGUUAACAAAAGAAAGUGCAACGACACAUUUCCAGUUGGAGUUCAGAAUAGGUCAUCUAAAGCCGUGAAGCGGAGCACGAUGAAAAUUCGCACGACUCGAAUUACAAUUAUUCUGGCUGUAGUUACCCUGGCAACAGUGCUUGGAUACCUGCCCUAUCUCACGGUCAGUCUGAUGAUCAACUUCGGCAAUCACUUCCAACACGGGAUGCCUCUGGCGGAAGACCUCGUAUACGAGUUUUGCUCCAAGUCCUACUUCUUGAACGGUGCCGCAAACCCCAUCAUAUACAGCGUCAUGAACCCCGUAUUUAGACUCGAGAGUGCCGCGGUACUGAAGAAAAUUGCUAGCAUAUUUCAUAAAAAAACAAUUACCUAA